AUGGAUCAAUACCAUCCUCCAGAGCGUAUCUCCCGAAUGGAGCUUCGACGGGACCAUUUAGAUCAUGCCCUUCGGCGUUCGGUCUCCCUCGACGCGCACGGUUGUAGCCCGCAAGGUCAUCACUAUGACAACCACAGUUUGGAGGGAGAGGCUUUUGAUUAUGAUGAUGGUGAUGAGGAUGAUCAGCGUUGUCAUAGCCCUCUGCCAUGUAAUGAGGGUUGUCGGGACCUGCUCACCAAACUCAUGUCUCCCAUGAUCAGCUCAGUCGCUCUCGCUCGAUCAGUUUCAUUAGGGAGAGAGGAGCCCCCCAGACAUAGGGAUCUCCAACUUGACGAUGAGUGUGAGGAAGCAUCAAGGCGGAUUAAAAAUAAUUCCCAGCCGGAAUCUAAGCAAGCACUUUACGCUGCUCGAAAAAGCGUAAGAGGUGAGGCUAAACUUUACAAAAAAAUGAAAUUAUUCAUUAGUUUUUAUUUGCUGGCAGCGUAG